UUUACCCAUCAUAUCGAUCAAUGCUUUUGACGUCUACUACCUUGGCUCGUAUAGCUUCUUCUAUAUGUAGAGUAGGUUUGUAGGUAUAUAGAUAGCUUACCUUUAUCGUUUUGUCUUUUAUAUUUCAUAGGAACAAAACGUCCACGUUCUCUGCCUGAUCAGGCCUUCUUUGGUGUUUGCUAGAAAGGCAGGCACAUCUCCUUUAUCUGUCACCCUCUAGGCAGAAAUUCACACCAACUACGAACACGCAAUAAGAAUCUUUAACCCUUUCUCGUCAGCCAUGCAAGAGGGGCGUUCUCUAACAAAUCAAUAUGCUAUAUCUUGGUGCUCUUAGGUCUAUAGAAUGGGGAUGUUAAUCUCACUGGGACAUCCUAGAUAUUUAGUGUUGUAUGGAGAAAAUAGUCUACUUCUCUGUGCCUUUUCUUCCUAAUUCGAUCUACCACCUUCCAAGUUUACUUCAGGGGUUUUCUUGGUAGGCUGCCGAUUUGUCUCGUCACUCCAAGUCUAGAUUUUGUUACUCCAUAUCGUGGUCAGUAGAGGUGCCAUAUUCCUUGCUCCUCUUCUUCAACCUACAUCGUUGAAGCACUAGAUGUUUCCCCAAGCACUACAACUAGUUCAGCAGCCAUCAUGAGUUACAUCAUGGAUCUAUCGUCGAGCGGCUGGGAAGAGGAGGAGCUAUCAGCAGAUAGCGUGCAAGCGGCGAUCGAGCGCCGCUUCCAAGAGAUGCCUUCAUUCACAGGACAUGCCAUGAUCGACCUCACUCAAAACCAAUAUGACGAAGAAGCGGACCAGGCGGAGAGAGAGAACGAGAUCAAGCUUGAACCAGAAAUUGCCCAGGUGAUCGAAGUGAUUGAUUUGACAAAACCCGAGCCAGUUGAUCUGCCUAUCGUAGGAAAGUUGCCGCGAAGAACACGCACCGUUAUCCCUCCGAAGCGAAAUCUUUCAAUAACACUACCCAACUACUUGGUAGACAGCUAUAAACAUAACGGCAUGGAGCUAAAGUGUGGGAGUACAGUAGAGAUAACUCCAAUCCCCGAGCUCAACCAAGCCUCGUUUCUCUAUAUCAAACUCAUCAUUAUCACCGAGUCUGGCCCUGUGCUACGGGGCCUACCGAUGACUCGCACAAGAAACCUACGAGGGCGAUUACAACGGCUACGGAACGAACUUGCGAUGAUACUCGAAGUAGACCAAGACGACACUCGACCCGACGAGGACCAGGCCGCAAUCGAAGUUUCCAUCGAUAUGGUACAGAAACCUCGAGUCUGCCACAUCACGAACAAGGAGUUUCCCGAGCUUCGGUUCCAGGGCGGAAUCUAUCACGACACUGCAGAGGUGGAAGAAACAGGGCCACUUGUAUGCCGCUGGAAGUGCAAGCGUAUAUGGGUCGACACUCUCAAGCGUGUGAAUCACAAGCCGCCUCACGAGUUCGUCAUGGCGCGUAUUACUGCCGAGGAGGUUCCUAGGGAUAAGUUCCGUACUUCUAGCUCUUACCUGAUCAAUACCUGGCGAGGGGGCAAGGUACUCGGCGGGUCUUACAUCACGGAGGAACCAGAGGGCCUGAAGCCAACGGUUAACGUCGAUGUGCCUGAGGUCCAAGAUGACAUGUCAGAUAUCACAUGGGCCCGCAAGAAGCCAGGCCAACAAUAUUCCCUCGCCGACAUGUUCUGCGGAGCUGGAGGAGCAUCGUGUGGUGCCCGAUCGGCUGGUUUUCGUAUUAAACUAAGUUGCGACAAUGCCCCUGGGGCUUGCAACACCUACCGACUAGAAUUUCCCGAGGUGGACUUGCGUCAGGAGAACAUGUACGACUUCAUCAUAUCCAUGCGGUCCUCCACCUACCGCGUCGACGUGCUACAUCUCUCUCCGCCGUGCCAAUAUUGGUCCCCAGCCCACACCACUCCAGGCGUUGACGACGAGGCCAACAUCGCAAUUCUCUUCUCUUGUCACGAGCUGGUUAAGAUUCUACGCCCGCGCAUUUUCACAUUGGAGCAAACAUUUGGUAUUCUACAUCCCCGGUUCGAGUUCUACUUCAACGCAUUGAUUCACGGGUUCACGCAGCACGGGUACUCAAUCCGUUGGCGGGUGGUCAACCUGCUCGAAUGGGGGGCGCCGUCGCAGCGCCAACGUCUAGUCAUGCUCGGCUCCUGUCCAGGCGAGCCGCUCCCCCCUUUCCCAGCCGCGACGCACUCUAGAGAGCCCAAGCCCGGAGACGGGAAGAAGCCCUACCGAACGGUCCGCCAGAUGCUACGUAAAAUCCCCCGAGAUGCUGCGGCGUACGACGAUCUCCACGAGCCGGGGAAGCUGAAGCGGCUGCACAAGCCGCGCUGGAACCCCGACAUCCCGCUCGCGCGCACCAUUACCUGCGGCGGCGGCGUGGGGAACUAUCAUUACAGCGGGCGGAGAGACUUCACGCCGCGGGAGUACGCCGUUCUACAGGGGUUUCCGGUGGACUGGCGGUUCCAACGGCCGCAGCAGAAGAAGCAGAUCGGGAACGCGUUUCCGCCGCUGGUCGUCCACACGCUCUUCAAGCACCUCCGCCGGUGGCUCGAACACAACGACCAGGUGUUGCCGGAUGCCGACGAGGUUUCUUCGGAGUCCGAGCACGAGGAGGAGGAGGAGGAGUAUAUUGUCAGUGAAUAUGAGGAGUCUGACCACGACGGAUAUGGGGGAGGGUUGGACUAUGAUAGCGAUGUGCAGUAUAUCGGAAAACGCGAGAUCGACCAAAGUGACAGCGAGGUGGAAUUCCUGGGGGGACGAAGUCUGUUCGUCAAAGAUGCUAGUGUGGUUACGAUCAACGACUCGAGCUCGGACGAUGAUAAUGGUGAUGAUAAUGACAAUGACAAUGAUGGCAUGGAGAUUGAUGCGAUGAGCCAAGAUGCCCACAGUCCUGGUGUUUGUGUAGGUGCUGCGGCUCAGCUGGGAGGGGGAGGAAUGUAUGCCUCUGGCCCUAUCGUGCUUGACUAAAGGGGGUCAUUGUGUUUGAUUCAGUCUGGGGGUGGCUACUCAGAAAUUACAUAGCAAGCCAGUCCUCUUGCGUGCUUGCUCGCUCGUUCACAAAUACAUCUGGUUAGGGAAAUUACAACUCGAUGGACGAGAGAACAAUCCCAGGAAAAACGCGUAACCUAGAAAACAAGCAAUAUCACUCAAAGGCUUGUUUAUACACUUGGCGGCUAGAUAUCAUCAAAACAAGCAAGUUUCGCCAUCGUCCCCAAGGCUUGAAGUGGCAACAUUGGAGAUCGAGGCUUCGUCUAUUCCUGCAUUCCUACAUAGGCAACCUGCUUACCUACUUAGAUACUUACAAUGUAGCAUUAGUUGAGGCUGAACCUAGACUCAGGUAGACUAUGCGCUACAUGAUGCUGUGCCUCUUGUUCCUGCAGUCUAGUGUCUAUCACAGCCUAUAGGAUAUAAGCGACGAACCCUUGCUAGACUAUAUCUACUAUCCAAUCUCAACAUGGGAAUAUGGGAUAUUACUCUGUGCUAGUUAUGGUAAUAGGGAACAUACA